AUAACGUAAAUACACAUACGUAAAGUAUUUCUAUAUACGCCAGAUCUUGCCUCUUGCCCACCAGACUCACAAGCCCGUAGAUAUCGAUUGCUUCUCAGUUCUCCAGUUCCUCCGUUUCCGUCGCUGCAAACGGUCCCCAAGUACCGAGGUCUUCGUAAAACAAAAUUCGAGCCGAUAAAAGUAGCUUAUUACAUAAUUCUUCUUUUCCUGAGUUCCCUUCUUUUCAUUUCCUUCGGUUUUGCACGUGUAUGUGAGUGUAAUAAUUGACAAGAUGGUCGCCAAACACCGUGUCUGCAUUAUAGGAUCCGGAAACUGGGGUUCGGCGAUAGCGAAAAUCGUCGGCGCCAAUGCCGCUAAACUGCCGAACUUCGAGGACCGCGUUACAAUGUACGUUUACGAGGAAAUGAUAAACGGGAAAAAGCUAACGGAGAUCAUAAACGAAACCCACGAGAAUGUGAAAUACCUGCCGGGCCAUCAAAUUCCUGAGAACGUCGUUGCGAUACCGGACGUGAUAGAAGCGGCGAUUGACGCGGAUAUUUUAAUUUUUGUAAUACCUCAUCAGUUUAUAAGUAAAAUAUGCAGCGCGCUUCUCGGUAAAAUAAAGCCGACCGCCGUGGGGAUCUCCUUGAUCAAGGGAUUCGACAAGAAGGAGGGCGGCGGUAUUGAACUUAUCUCGCACAUAAUCUCAGAGCAAUUACGGAUUCCCGUUUCGGUGCUGAUGGGAGCUAAUUUAGCGUCGGAAGUCGCCGACGAAAUGUUUUGCGAGACAACUAUCGGUUGCAAGGACAAAAGCAUGGCACCUAUACUGAGGGAUAUGAUACAAACAUCGUAUUUCAGAGUAGUGGUGGUCGAGGACGUAGACACUGUCGAGUGCUGCGGGGCUUUAAAGGUAAUGUUCCAUUUUAAACUCCUAGAUUCCUUCUCCUCCAAAUUCUUCAAGACGUUUAACAAUGACGUUUCGCAGAAUAUCGUUGCCUGCGGUGCGGGUUUCGUCGAUGGGUUGGGCCUCGGCGAUAAUACGAAAGCAGCUGUGAUCAGACUGGGUCUGAUGGAAAUGAUAAAGUUCGUCGAAAUAUUCUUUCCCGGUGGAAAGCUUUCGACAUUUUUCGAGAGCUGCGGCGUGGCCGAUCUGAUCACCACCUGCUACGGUGGCAGAAAUCGUAGGGUGUCCGAGGCGUUCGUCAAAACCGGAAAGACGAUAGAGGAACUCGAGAAAGAAAUGCUCAACGGGCAGAAGCUGCAGGGUCCGUUCACCGCGGAGGAGGUCAACUACAUGUUGAAAUCAAAGAACAUGGAGGCCAGGUUCCCCCUGUUCACCGCUAUCCAUCGAAUUUGCAUCGGGGAGAUCAAACCUGCCGACUUGAUCGAAUGCAUCCGGAACCAUCCUGAACACAUGUAAGGAAACAAAUGCAUAUACGUAUGUACAAGAGUAUGUACGAAAGUAUGUGUACAAGAAGGAAGUGUUUAAACACGUAGAGAAAUUGAUUCCGGUAAGUCGGUACGA